AUGUUCAAACCCACGGUCGGACGUCAAAUCUUCAAGGCUAUCAACGCCAGCCACGCAGCACUCGCAGCUACUUCAAGGCCAACGACAGGCUCAUUCAUCCGCCCUCUCUCCCACACUGCUACCCGCGCAACCAAGGAGGAUGACCCAAAGCUGGAUCCGAACAUGGCCGCCACCCCCAAAGCCCCAGAAGGUGCCUCCGGUGAGCACGAGGGCCAAUUUGCCCGUACCGACGAGAACGUCCAGAUCCCCUACCCGCCUGACAGCGAGAUGCCUGCCCAGCCCAUUGUUCAAGGCCGGGGUGGCAUGCAUUUCAAGCGCACACUGGCCCAGUUUUCGCUGGAGAAUAAGGUGACCAUGGUAACUGGUGGUGCGCGUGGACUCGGUCUUGUUAUGGCACAGGCUUCGGUGGCAUCGGGGUCGGACUUGGCUAUUGUGGAUUUGAACAAGAGCGAAGCCGAAGACCAGGCGGGCAAGCUAAUUGAGCAGUUUCGCAAAGAGAACCCUGGUCUGGAGGGUAUGCCCAAUAUCACUGCUCACUACGCGGACGUCGCCAACCCAGACUCGGUAAACGAGGCUCUUGCAGACGCGUUGGCCAAGCAUGGCCGCAUCGACAACCUGGUCACCUCGGCCGGGUUCACCGAGAACUUUGACGCUAUCUCCUAUCCAUUUGACCGGAUGCAGAAGCUCUGGGGUGUCAAUGUCGAUGGAACUUACCUGUUUGCUAUCGGAGUUGCAAAGCACCUCAUGGAGCGAAAGGCGCCUGGCAGUAUCGUUAUGAUUGGGUCUAUGUCCGGCGCCAUCGUCAAUGUACCCCAGCCCCAGGCUCCAUAUAAUGCGGCCAAGGCGGCCGUCCGCCAUCUGGCCUCGUCUCUGGCUGUCGAGUGGGCUGGGCAUGAUAUUCGAGUCAACUGCAUUAGCCCGGGCUAUAUGUUGACUGCGCUCACCCGCAAGAUCUUGGAUGAAAACCCCCAGCUUCGUGACAAGUGGACCUCGCUCAUCCCCGUCGGCAAAAUGGGCACUCCCGAGGACCUUAUGGGAGCUGUGACAUUCCUGCUUAGCGAUGCAUCCAAGUAUAUUACUGGUGCUGAUCUCCGUGUCGAUGGUGGUUACACUGUGACCUAA